GGGAGGGAAGAGAAGGGGGAAAAGAUAAAAAUGGAACCUUCCCUGAGGGUGAUUUAUAAGUGACCCAUACACCUAGAAUGAGUGGAAUAUUCUAGAAUUAUCUAUGACAUCAUGAAAUAUCUCCUGUGAUAAUACUGGAGUGGAGGGAAAAUGAAGUUGUGGCUGUGGCUUUGGCUAACAGGGGUAUGGGCUGUGGGAGCAGCCAUUUUCCCCCAGGAUUCCAGGGACAUGACCCCACAGGACACUCUAUUUCUUGAAGAUAAUCCCAACUUCUUUGAUUAUCCAGAUUCAGCCAAGGACAAAAUUCUGGCUGUCUCCAACUUCAUUGGAGAGAAACCUGUUUACUUCACUUCAGAUUCAGGCUUCAAAUCCAGAUUCUUGCACAAAAUACUGUUUGGUUCAUUCAUCCUCCUCCUUAUCACCAUCCUCUACCAGUUCUGCACCCACAUGAGCUGCCAAAAGGGAUCCUAAGGAGAUAAACAGGCCAUCUCUGUUCACAGCUCCUUGACCUCUCUACAUCCUCUCUGCAAACUACUCAAUAAAAACUCAUUUUCUACUGUGA